AGUGGCAACAGAGAGAGAGAAAGAAGAGAGAGAAAAACGCUAUCUCCAAAAUCCACAGCUCUCUCUCCCUCAAGCUAGGGUUUUGAUGGGUUUUCUGCAUUUUCCAUGUUGAUAGUCUCCAGGGAUUUCUCUCUUUAGGUUUAUGGUUGAAUCUGGUGGGUUUCUGUUGCAGUUUUAGUUCAGAGCACCAAUAGACAUUUUCUGAGUUCAAUGGGAGUUUUUUUCACCUCUUUGAUGAGUUUUCAUCUGCUGGUUCUUGUUUGAGACUCCAUUUCUGCAAUUUUUGAGCUUUUUUGCGAGUCGUUGAAUGGAAUUUCCAUGAAUGGUGCUUGAUUUAAUCUGUAAUCAUACCCUGCAACUCUAGAACAAAAAGGAGCUUUUUUUAUUUUUUGGUUUGGAUCUCAUUUAAAAAUGUGGCCUCGAUUCUUCUAUGGUCCUGAUUAAUGGUGUGAAUCUACUUGCUCACAUGAAAGAUACAGGGGCCAAUGCGAAAAGGGAAACUGAAUCACAAGAGGUAAGCUUGAUUUCAUCUUCCUUUACCUUUUUCUCUCUCUAAAAUUAACAACAAUCAACUUUUAUUUAUUCCACUGUAUUGCUUUCAGAUCCUUCUUUUCUAUCCUUUUACACUGAGAAUUGGUAUCUAGGGCUUAUUCUUUCACCUUUUCGUUAGGUUUCUAUCUUCGCUCUCUAGAAUUAACAACACUGAGCUCUCAUUUGUUUCUGUGCAUUACUUAAGUGUUAAGAUAUUUUAUUAGUUUAUUUCCAUCAUUUCUCUCAAAAUUGGUUAAGUGGGGCUCCUUGUUGUAGCUUUCCCUUAUCUUUAUAUCUUUUCUGCCUCGAACUCCAAUAAGCUCCUUUGCAUUUUUGUGAAUCCUUAUUUCCACCAUUUCUCGAAGAAUUGCUAUCUGGGUCUCUUCUUUUAGCUUUCCCUUGUUCUUCGAUCUUCUCUCUCUUGGACUGAACAGCACCGAGCUCUUCUUCGUUCCGAUUCAUCAUUCAAGAUCCUUCCUUUCCAUCAUUUUGUCUCAGAACUGGUAUCUGGGGUUUCUUUUACCUUUCCCUUGUCUUUGUAUCGCUCUAGACUUGAGCAGCACUGAGCCUUCUCAGUUCCCUUCACUAUUCGGAGUCCUCUUUUUCUAUCAUUCUCUUUGAGAAUUGCUAUUUAGGAUUCAGGAAUGAGCAAUCAAAACAGUUAUUCAGGCAUCAAGAACCUCUUAGCUGCAAGAAAGUCCCUGAAACUUAGCCUAGAGAAAUCCAAGGCCUUGGCCAAUGCAUUAGACAAGACCGGACCUCGACUCGAUGAGAUUAGCCAGAGAUUACCUGCUUUGGAAGCAGCUGUGCGCCCCAUUAGGGCUCACCGAAAUGCUUUGCUCCAAGUUGGGGGCCACAUAGAUCGAGCAGUUGGUCCAGCUGCUGCUGUUCUUAAGGUUUUCGAUGCAGUUCAUGGUCUUGAGAGGUCUCUUUUAGCUGAACCCAAGUCGGAUAUUUGGGGUCACCUCUCAGCUGUGAAGAGGCUCGAAGAGGUUCUCAAUUUUUUGGGUGAGAAUUGUGGUGUUGCGAUUCAGUGGCUCGAGGAUAUUGUUGAGUAUUUGGAAGAGAAUAACGUUGCAGAUGAGAGGUACCUUUUGAAUCUUAAGAAAUCAUUGCAGAGCUUGAGGGAGUUGGAUAGAGAGAGGACUUGCUUAGAUGGGGGGCUUCUUGAGGUGGUGCUGGACAAGUUAGAGGCUGAAUUCUGGAGGCUUUUGAGAGAGAAUUGUCUUGUUCUGCCUAUGGCUACGCCUGGAGAGCAACCCUGUAUUGCUCCAUCUCCGUUGCCUGUUCAAGUUGUGCAAAAAUUGCAGGGUAUCUUGGAGAGGUUGACUGUAAAUAAUAGGCUUGAGAGGUGCAUUUCACUCUAUGUUGACACAAGGAGUGACAAUGCUCGGGCUAGUUUGAGUGCUCUGGAUAUUGGGUACGUGAAGAUUUCAGCAUCUGAAUUCAAUGAUGUACAGAAUAUGGAGAAGUACAUAAACCAGUGGGGUACCCAUUUGGAAUUUGCAGUGAAACACCUCUUUGAAGCUGAAUAUAAGCUAUGCAAUGAUGUUUUCGAGAAGAUUGGCCCUGAUGUAUGGUUGGGUUGUUUUGCUAGAAUCGCUAUACAGGCUGGAAUGCUUGAGUUUCUCAAGUUUGGAGAGGCUGUAGCCAGGAGUAAGAAAGACCCCAUCAAGCUUUUGAAGCUUUUGGACAUCUUUGCUACUUUGAACAAGCUUCGAUUGGACUUUAACAGGCUCUUUGGGGGGAAGGCAUGCUUUGAGAUACAAAACAUGACCAGAGAUCUCAUCAAGAGAGUUGUUGAAGGAGCUUGUGAGAUAUUUUGGGAGCUUCUUGUUCAGGUGGAAUUACAGAGAGAGAUGCCCCCACCUCAAGAUGGUGGGGUCCCAAAGCUUAUAAGCUAUAUUACUGAUUACUGUAACAGACUUCUUGGAGAUGAAUAUAGGCCUGUUUUGAUACAGGUACUGGUGAUUCAGAGGAGCUGGAGACAAGAGAAGUUCCAGGAAAGGCUCCUCUAUGACGCCAUACUAAAGAUCAUUAAGGCUUUAGAACUCAAUCUCGACACUUGGUCCAAGGCGUAUGAAGACCCCACUUUAUCUCACCUCUUUAUGAUGAACAACCAUUGGCAUUUUUGGAAACAUGUGAGAGGAACCAGGCUUGGGAGUCUAUUGGGUGAUGCCUGGUUAAGAGACCACGAGCAAUACAAGGAGUAUUUCUUGACCAUGUAUUUGAGGGAGAGUUGGGGAAAGCUUCCUACUCUCUUGAGCCGAGAGGGUCAAAUAUUGUUCUCAGGUGGAAGAGCCACUGCUCGUGAUCUAGUGAAGAAGAGGCUCAAGGCCUUCAAUGAGGCAUUCGAUGAGUUAUACAAAAAACAGUCGAAGUGGGUUAUAUCUGAGAAGGACUUGAGGGAAAAGACUUGUCAAUUGGCUGUCCAGGCAAUAGUUCCAGUUUAUAGAAGUUAUAUGCAAAACUAUGGGCCACUGGUGGAGCAAGAUGCGAGCGGUAGCAAAUAUGCAAAGUACACAGCAAGGAACCUUGAGGACAUGAUUGGUGGUCUUUUUCAACAAAAGCUUACAAAAUAUCCCAGUUCAAAGGCCAGGCACUCCAAUGGGAAACUCAACUCAGUGAUGAGCAACCAAUUUCAAUCAGCCCCAACAGUUGCGUGAUUAUGUUAUACUGAUUGAAGUCUCCCUAACUGGGUGAUGGGUGAGAUCAAUUCAAAAUACAGUGUCUUUUCUUAUCUUCUUGAAGUAAAGCAUAUAUUGGUUUUCUAGCCAUCAAGCUGCCCUUGUUUGUUUUGAAAAGUGUAUCUAUGAGGCUUAAGUUAUUGUAGUGUGAGAGAACUCGAGAGAAAGGGUUUUGGACCAUCCAAGAAUUGGAUUGUCUUGGGUCAUGUAUAUAUUCAUCAUGAAAUUGUUUGGGAUUCCUUAAAGUCAACCAGUCGGCAGGUGCAGUUCUUUACACCAUGAAUUUGUCUGUGACAUAGCCUGUGACAUAGCAAGAUAGAAAGGGAAAUCUUUACAUGUUAUUGCCUUCUCAGAAUUGCUGGGCUUUGCCUGAACAAAUGAAGCUUCUAAGGUAGAUAGUGAAUAAUUUUGUUGCGCCCCUGAGAGGGGUUAUGGGUAUUUAUCAUAAAAAUGAAAAAUGGGUGCAUGGUAUUUAUGCAGUGAUGUCAUGGUGGUUGUUAGGAAUGGUUGUUGCAUAUUGCUGUAUAUCAAAGUGUUGUGCUCCUGUGGGGCACCUUUGAUUAUGAUCUUUCAGGUAUCAUUCCCUUUAGGUGUUUAAGGUUGGUUAAAUCAAAUUCUUGUAAUACUUUUAUGUGUAAUGUGUAAAUUUGAUUAUUCUCAAGUUGUUAGAUGCGCAUUUGAUUGAAGUUUUUCCUGGUUCCCAUGGUUAUGUGCCUUGGGGAUAUUGAUUUAGUGUAAUGCUUAAAUAAUCAAAUGGCGGAUUCAAAUUCCGUACC